CUUCCCCCCCCCCCCCCUCCCCUUCCCACCCGUUCCCCUGGCGGCCCCCCCGCGAAGAUGGUGGACCGCGAGCAGCUGGUGCAGAAGGCCCGGCUGGCCGAGCAAGCCGAGCGCUACGACGACAUGGCGGCCGCCAUGAAGAACGUGACAGAACUGAACGAGCCUCUGUCCAACGAAGAGAGGAACCUCUUGUCUGUAGCCUAUAAAAAUGUGGUGGGGGCACGGCGCUCUUCUUGGCGAGUAAUUAGCAGCAUCGAGCAGAAGACCUCUGCCGAUGGGAACGAGAAGAAGAUCGAGAUGGUACGGGCCUACCGUGAGAAAAUAGAGAAGGAGUUGGAAGCCGUGUGCCAGGAUGUGCUGAGCCUGCUGGACAACUACCUGAUCAAGAACUGCAGCGAGACGCAGUACGAGAGCAAAGUCUUCUACCUGAAGAUGAAAGGGGACUAUUACCGCUACCUGGCCGAGGUGGCCACUGGUGAGAAGAGGGCGACCGUGGUGGAGUCUUCGGAGAAAGCCUAUAGCGAAGCCCAUGAGAUCAGCAAGGAGCACAUGCAGCCGACCCAUCCCAUCAGGCUCGGCCUGGCACUUAACUACUCAGUUUUCUACUACGAGAUCCAGAACGCCCCGGAGCAGGCCUGCCACCUGGCCAAGACGGCGUUCGACGACGCGAUCGCCGAGCUGGACACCCUCAACGAGGACUCCUACAAGGACUCAACGCUCAUCAUGCAGCUCCUCCGCGACAACCUAACGCUCUGGACAAGCGAUCAGCAAGACGACGACGGCGGAGAAGGCAACAAUUAGACCCCCAGAUGGACUGGCAGCCGCACGCUGAUGCUAACUACUGCAGUCUUUAUUUUUUUCCCACGAGUGGGGGGGUCAGGGGUGGGGGAGGGAACGGGAGGGGACACCUUCCCAGGGAGGCCCCCCACAACCUGUCUUUGAUUGCCUCUUUGACAUUUUUGCCAAAACACCACUAGUGGAAGUCAGGCUGGCUGUGCUGGUAUGGAAUAGCAGCCUCACUGGCAUAUGGACUGUUCUGUAGAUUAUUAAUACAAGUGGAGCUGUCUUUAAUUUAACUUUAUUGCUAGAAAUAAAAGGGUUUUAAGAUGAAUUAACUUGAAUGGAAUGGCCCUCGUUUUUAAGAAAAGCAACACAAAAAGGAAGUUCUGUGGUUCCAGUAAGGCUUUGUGCGUUUGUUUCUUCAGUUCAAGUGCCGUGUGUUUGUACCACGUCGCGGGGCGUCUCCCUGGAGCGCUCUGCCUGUCAGGGCAUAGCUUAAAAUCCCCAAAUUGAAAAGGAAUAAUAAUAAUAAUAAUAAACAAAAGACUAAAGAAUUUGGGACUUGUAAAGCCCCAGGAUUUAGGCCAUUUAAUCUUUUUAAGAUAUUUAUUAGGGUAGCUUACAGUAUUAACACUAAAUUGCAGUUUACAGUAUUUCUACAUUACAGCCAUAUGACAUCAAGCCUUUGAUUGUCUGUUUUCUUUUGCUAGUUCUUUUGGCUUGCCUUCCUGAUCAGUCCUCGCCUGUGGACUGGCUUAGCUAUUCUGUGUCGCCCAAGGCAAGAAGACCGCCCGCCCGAGGAACAUCAAAGCUGCUCUAGUUGUUUGGUCAACAGCUUAACAGGUGCUUGGCUAGCGGCUGUUUAAACUAUUUUAGUCCACAGCAAAAGGUUUAAGAACUUAAUUAGAAAAGGGGGAAGUGUUUAAACUUAAAAUGCCACUUAAAAAAAAUAAAAAAAAAAAAAAAAAAGAGAAUUCAGGUCUGUAUGUCAUGUACUGUGUUUGGUAUUUCAAAGACCAUCCUGAUUUAAGGUGCCACAGCUGCUUCCUCAGGGAUUGCACUGCCAUUUCACUCUGCCUGACUUUCUCCCACUGUACCAUGAGGUUUGUCAGCAGAUCCGCAGCACCCAGGCUCCCUUGUUUGUCAUCAGGGAAGCCAGGUGCGUUUUCUUUCUCCUGGGGAAGCUUGUGGUGUAAUGAGUGAACUUCAGGAGCUUAGAAACUAAUUUGGUAGAGAAAUCCUCAAGGGAAGAGCUACAAUCAUAGACAUUUCUAUCAAGCAUCGGGAGCCCAGGAACUUAGUUCUCUUCUUAACAAAAUCUUUUCCAAAUCUGUCUUAUCUGGUUGGGGGUGGGAGACGGGGCACCUGAGUUUGCUUAGCAGGUAAUAUUUACCCCAUUUUGCGUAAAAAUUUGUAUUUUUUUUUUUGUUUCCCCCCCCCGCAUAACUGUUGGAAGUUCACUGCUGGGUCUCCGGCUUGCGGAGUGCUGCCCCGCGUAGCUUUUUAACGAAAGCUGCGCGGCGGGGAGAACGGCACUCGGGCAUCUUUUUUCGAAGCAGGCUUUCGUCCUCCCUUUCGAGAGCCCGUCCGCAAGCAGCGCGCGGCGGAGAUCGGGGACCCUCGGUCCCGCCAGGGUCGCACGGGGCAUCCGCCCUGCCUCGCCGCGCUCGAACGAAGUCGCAGGGGCCGUCAGCCCCCGCUCAGAGGUGAGAUUGCCCCGGCCACGCUAGCCAAGCUUCCCAUCGGGUGCCUUUGCACGGAGAGCCUUGCCGAGCCCCGCCGUCGGCCGGCGAGCCGCCGGUAAAUGCCGCGGACUUGGAAGAUCUGUUUAGGCUUCUCACCUUCCUUUGAGUUCCCGUCAUGUCCAGUGAGCAGUGUUGUCCCAGCUGUAUGAUUUGGAAGUGAUUUACUGGAAUUACAAAACCUAUUGUUUUCUUUCCGGCUUUUGCUCUGGCUGCUUUAGGAAACUUAACGCAGGAGAGAUCGCACAAGAGGGCUAAAAGGGGAGUGGGGUCAGGGACUUGAUUUUUAAGCAGCUUGAAUGGUUUCUUUCAUUUUUUAAGAAAUGCACUUGCCUAUGAUACUGUCUCUCCAGUGAAAUGAUUACUGCUCCAUUACUCUAUUGAUACAAUAUUGUGCAUGCUAGUGUCGUAUUUCUAUACAGUAGCUUGAAAUUUAUUAACUUAUACUGUAGAUGUUAUGUAUUCCUAUGACAAAAUAGUCUUCAAAAAUUUUUUAAAGUUUUUUAAUUUAUUUUUCUUUUGGGGGUAAAGUUUGCUCUACCAAAUAGUGAUCGUAACAAACUGAUCUGUUAUGGAUGUUGCUAUAGUGACAUGCAAUUAUAUAUGAUUUUGUUUUUAAAAAGGAAAAAAAAGCAAAAGAAAACACCAGUGUUAGCUUAAUCUUAAUGUCUGGUGUUCGUCAUGGUGAAAUUAUAACUAUUACAGUGUAGGAGAACAAUGACUGUGUUCUUUGAAUGAGCCUUUGUUUGUGCUUUUUGUCAUGUUAUGCAGUGAACUAUUUUUAAGGUCUAAUCAGUGAUUAUUUUUCCAACUCCGUGUUUCUGUAAGGAAUUAUUUCACACACGGACCAUUCUUAGCAGUUUUCCUCAGUGAUGGAAUAUCAUGAAUGUGAGUCAUUAUGUAGCCGUCGUACAUUGAGCAAAUAAACUUACAGAUCUGACGUCA